GUUUAUUGUCUGAUUUCAAACUAAACGGAUCAAAAUGCAAACAAUUAAGUUUGUGAUUUUUUUAAUAUUUUCAAUCAAAGUUGAGUCUGCAAAUAUUCUUGCAUUUUUUUCUUAUCCUUUCUACAGUCAUCAGCACUUUCAUCAUAAAGUUUUGGAAAUAUUAGCCGAAGAAGGACAUAACUUGACAAUUUUUACGUCACAUCCUCAUGAUUAUGGUGACAAUCCAAAUGUCACUCAACAUUUAUUUACCGAAUCCAAUAAAAUUCACAUUGAGCACACAGACAUGCUGAUGUAUAAGCAGAAGAAAAUUAAUUAUGUUGAAAUGUCAUUGUUUCAUGACUUAAAAGCUCAUUAUUUGAGUGUAAGAAAGGAAAUGGAGCAUCCAGAAAUUCAAAGAUUGAUCAAAAACAGCUCAAACUAUCAAUUUGACUUGGUAAUCGUUGAAUGCUUCAUCUGUCCAUUCUUGCUAUUUUCUGAAAUCUACGACUGUCCCGUUUCAAUGCUCAGUGCUACAGAAAUAGGUGGGAUGGCUCAUGCACUAUUCGGAAAUGAUGCAAAUAUAUUAAAAUAUCCUGAAAGCUUAAUUUUACCAUACCAACAUGGAAAAUUGACAUUUAAUGAGAAAAUUAACUCCGUGGUUUUCAAAAUUUAUCAAGAACUUAUUUUUAAUCCUGUCUACAUCUUUCUAAGUGUAAUAAUAAAUUAUAAUCACUUCUUGCAUUUGGGUAUGAAAGCCUUCGAACCACCAUCAAAUCGCCUAUCACUUCUUAUGCUCAAUACAAAUCAUGCAGUUGGACAUGUUCGUCCAAUGAUGCCACACUCGAUUCAGAUUGGAUUUACUCAUGUUGAGAAGCCAAAACCAAUAAAGGAUUUAGAAUUAAAAAAGUUUCUGGAUAUGUCAAGCAAUGGAGUGAUCGUGAAAGCUCUUGGCUCAAGAGUAAGUGGAAAAAAAUUGGGAACUGAUGUGAUUAAUAAGUUUUUGAAUUCAUUUAAAACAAGCAACAUGAGUGUUUUAUGGAAGCUUGAUGGGAUUGAGGAUAGUGUCAAAGUGCCGAAGAAUGUGAAAAUUGUUUCUUGGCUGCCUCUAGCUGAUGUCCUGGCACAUCCAAAUGUGAAAUUGUUGAUUUUUCAUGGUGGAAUAUUUUCAUUGUACGAAGCAAUUGACAGAGGAGUUCCAAUGAUUGCAUUUCCAUUGACUUAUGACCAACCUGUUAAUGCACGAAUUUUAGUUGAUAAAGGAAUUGGAAUGGAGAUGGAUUUGAAUAAUUUUGAUGAGUUUGAACUUAGUGCAGCAAUACAAGAAAUGACAAAACCAAAAUAUAUUGCAAAUUUGAGGAAAGUCCGGUCAUUGGCAUAUGAUCAGCCUAUCAGUAAUCGAGAUCUUAUAGUGUGGCAUGUCAAUAAUGCCAUAAAGAAUCGAAUUGUUUAUGCUAAGGACUUUGGAAGUAUGAGCUUCUUUGGAACUCCUUUGAAUCAGUUUUUAAUAUAUUUCGCUAUUUUUGUGGUGCUAAGUUUUUUAUUAUUCAGGAAGCGAACUCCAAAAAUAAGAGCGAAAGUCGAUUAAUUAAAAAUGAAUUCAUUGAUAAGUAUUGUUUUUAUUUUCAAAUUUUUGUGAUGCGUAGAACCAUUCAGCUAUUUUUUACUCCAACAAGCUACUAUAGAUUCAUUCAAAAGAUAAAAAUAUUUUGAAUAAAAUUAAAC